AUGGGAUCUAGCAAGAUUGGAGUAGAGAAUUGGGCGACCACAUUUUCCAUCACCUGUUGGCGCCUUUGGCAUUGGCGAAAUACGGCCAUCUUUGCGAAUAAAAGUGUGUCUUUUGAGGCCCAGCUACAGGACAUUAGGCGGUGUGUGGCCAGAUGGACACCUCCACCGACGGGUUGGAUUAAAGUCAACACAGAUGGUGCUCUCUGUACUGUUUCUGGAAGGGGUAGUGCAGGAGGGUUAGUGCGGGAUUCAAUGGUCGCUGGAUUGGUGGUUUUCUGGGGCGGAGAUUUGGGAUCUAUUCCAUGGGCUCCGACUGGCUUGGGAAUUGGGCGCACGACAAGUGAUUGUGGAGGUAAUUUCUCGGCCGAUAAGUUAGCCUCCCUAGCUCGGAGGUUCCGAUUGGUUAUCAUCGCCUUUGGGACCCACCGUGGGAAGUUGGCCAUUGACCAGCUGCAGUUCUUCAACUCUGAAGGUUACUUGGUGUUAGAGUCUUUUGCCAGCCCAGAUGAGGUUAAAUCUCUCAGGUCGAAAAUGGAGCAGUUACUCGAUCAAUUUGAUUGUUCCAGCAGAGCCUCCAUUUUCUCUACCAGAAACCAACGACAAACCACAGAUGAUUACUUCUUUGAAAGCGCUGAGAACAUUUCCUUCUUCUUUGAAGAGAAAGCAUUUGAUGAUGAUGGCAACUUGAAGCAACCAAAGCAACUCUCCAUAAACAAAGUUGGGCAUGCAUUACAUGAAAAAGACCAAGUUUUUAAGAGCUUCUCUAGCUCGGAGAAAAUGUCGAGUUUACUUCUCUCUAUCGGUUACAGAAGGCCCGUAAUUAUACAGUCCAUGUAUAUUUUCAAGCAACCUGGAAUUGGUGGAGAGGUGGUCCCACAUCAGGACAAUUCAUUUUUGUUCACUGUUCCACAAACGUGCACCGGACUAUGGCUUGCACUAGAAGAUGCAACAGUCACUAAUGGUUGUCUUUGGGCUAUUCCUGGAUCUCACAAAGAUGGGCUGGUGAGGAGAUUCAUUAGAGACGAGCGUGGGGUCCACUUUGAUAAGCCAUCCCCAUCUUACGACCAGAAAGACUUUGUCCCGAUUGAAGUGAAAGCCGGCACUUUAGUUGUCAUUCACGGGGACUUGAUUCACCAGAGGUCAUUUCACUAGUCGU